CGCCUGUGGAAAAACAAUCAGGAAAAAAGGAGUCAAUCAUUUGUUGCAACAAAAAAAAAAAUCAAACCAAUAACAAUUAUUGCUAAGGCCAUAAAGAAAAGCGCACAACAAAUGAGUGACACCUCAUGAGUUGCACCUUCGGUCUUUGGUUGUUUUUCCUCGGGCAUGGUGCUUUUUGAAUAUCAAAUUAGAGGCACAGCAUGGUGCUAUAGAAAGCUAUUUUACCCCCACAAAUUCAUUUUAUCAUUACUACUUUCAAGUCAUAAUGACCAUUCUUGAACAAAUAUGACAGAAUGCGUAGGUGUUCCUAAUAAAGUGGCCAGGCUGGUCGUGUACUACGCUCACGCGCACGCACACCCAAGUGGUGGCAUCGCUAAUCCCCAGUGGCUGGUCGUACACUUGCAGCGAGCGCGUCGAUGCAUGUGGAGCUCAGGCGGGGAGGAUGCUGCGGACGAGCGACGCAAGCAACCAGUUGCUCUUCAGCUGCCAAAGUGGAUUCGCAGACGCAACCUGUUGCCUCGGCGCGGGGGCAAGUGCAGCCGAAUUGUAAUUAGGAAGCCGAGUCGAUCAGAAAGCACCAUGUCGCCGAUGGUGAUGCUAUUAUAAGGACUACGAGGAGGAGCGGAGAUUUUGGGGUGGUGGUUCCCCCUCCUCCGUACGGAGGUUUUUGCGCUGAUCCGCGCGCGCGCCGCGUCUCUCGGUGCAGCUCCGAGGUAGAAGGAUGGUCGAACUGGAGAAGGAGGUGCUCCCGUUGCCCCCGCGGUACCGGUUCCGAGACCUGUUGCUCGGGGACUGGCAGACCGACGACAGGGUACAGGUGGAGUUCUACGUGAAUGAGAACACGUUCAAGGAGCGCCUCAAGCUGUUCUUCAUCAAAAACCAAAGAUCCAGUUUGCGAGUGCGAAUGUUUAACUUUGCGCUCAAAGUGCUGAGCUGCCUCCUCUACAUUGUCAGAGUGUUGCUGGACAAUCCCCAAGAGUGGAGGCCCGACUGCAUGAGUGGCGCCAACUGUACCAAACAAAACACAUCCUCUCGCCAAUGGAGCGAAUUUGACUGGAAGCUGAUCAUCUGGGUGGAAAGACCUCUACCCCUGUGGGCCCUGCAGGUGCUUGUGGCUUUUAUCAGCUUUUCAGAAACGAUGCUGCUGGUGUAUCUUAGCUACAAGGGCAACGUCUGGGAGCAAGUACUACGUGUCCCCUUCAUUCUGGAGAUGAUCAGCGCCGUCCCCUUCAUGAUCACUGUGAUUCUGCCCUCCUUCAGAAAUCUCUUCAUUCCUGUUUUCCUAAAUUGCUGGCUGGCAAAACAUGCUUUGGAGAACAUGAUAAACGAUCUCCACAGGGCCAUCCAGCGGACACACUCGGCCAUGUUCAACCAAGUGGUGAUACUCAUCAGUACGUUGGUGUGUCUCAUGUUCACAUGCAUCUGCGGCAUUCAGCAUCUGGAGCGGGCCGGCAACAACCUGACCUUGUUCGAUUCACUCUACUUCUGCGUGGUCACCUUCUCCACGGUGGGCUUCGGGGACGUCACCCCUCAGAUCUGGCCCUCGCAGCUGCUAGUGGUCAUCAUGAUCUUUGUGGCGCUUAUUGUGCUUCCCAUACAGUUUGAGCAGCUGGCCUUCCUGUGGAUGGAGCGGCAAAAGUCGGGCGGAAACUACAGCCGCUACCGAGCGCAGACGGAGAAGCACGUGGUGCUGUGUGUCAGCUGCCUCAAGAUAGACCUUCUCAUGGAUUUCCUCAACGAGUUCUUUGCUCACCCUCGACUGCAGGAUUACUACGUCGUGAUCCUGUGCCCGGCAGAAAUGGAUGUCCAGGUUCGAAGAGUACUUCAUGUUCCACUGUGGGCCCAGAGAGUCAUCUACCUGCAGGGCUCUGCUCUCAAAGACCAAGACCUGAUGAGGGCCAAGAUGGAUGACGCCGAGGCCUGCUUCAUCCUCAGUAACCGUUUUGAAGUGGACCGUAUCGCUGCUGAUCAUCAAACCAUCCUGCGGGCCUGGGCGGUGAAAGACUUUGCUCCCAACUGUCCGCUGUACGUGCAGAUCCUCAAGCCAGAGAACAAGUUCCAUGUCAAGUUUGCAGAUCAUGUGGUGUGUGAGGAAGAGUUCAAGUAUGCCAUGCUGGCUUUGAACUGCGUGUGCCCCGGUACUUCGACACUCAUUACUCUGUUGAUCCACUCCUCCAGAGGACAAACGGCACCCCAGGAGGCCUUUAAGCAACGUGGAGGAGCCUUUCAAGCACUGAACAGGGAAGGCGGGGCCUGCGCUGCCGACCAGUGGCAUCGAACCUACCGCCGCUGCUCGGCCAAUGAGGUGCAUCACAUUCGGUUGGAAGAGAGUAAAUUCUUCGGGGAAUACCAGGGCAAGAGUUUCACAUUUGCCUCCUUUCAUGCUCACAAAAAGUACGGAGUGUGUCUGAUCGGAGUACGCAGGCUGGACACCAGCAACAUCCUGCUGAACCCCGGACCCUGUCAUAUCAUGGGAGCCUCUGACAUUUGCUUCUACAUCAACAUCUCCAAAGAGGAGAACUCGGCAUUUGUCCGUGGCCAGAGGGAGCCGUCGUGGGGCAGCGUGGGGAGCAAUGCCAGGGGGGUUCACCAGAGCAUUUACCACGGACUCACCCGCCUGCCGGUGCACAGCAUUAUCGCCAGCAUGGGCACGGUAGCCAUCGACCUUCAGGAUUCCAGCGACAGCAGCCCGGAAGGUCCAGACCCAGGCAGCGCGGGUCCCGGCAGCGGGAGAGGAAGCCGAAGCAGCUCCAGGACGGAGAUGAGCGGGGCCAACACGUUGGCCUUACCCGCCCUGAGUGACUCCGCUGAAGAGAGGCGGCACAGCAUUGCGCCCGUCUUGGAGUUGGUGGACGGCGUGAGCAGCCCUGCUUUUGACCUGCUGGGAGACCAGUCGGAGGACGAGGGAGGGGAGGAGAGCAAGGACGACAGCGACAAAGACGAGAGCGCCCACUGGUGGGGUCGACACUGCGAGUGGGUGAAGGGCUACCCGCUCAACUCGCCGUACAUCGGUAGUUCUCCUGCUCUUUGCCACCUUCUACAAGAAAAGAUGCCUUUUUGCUGCCUACGCAUGGACAAGGCUUGUCACCAUAUCCCAUUCGAAGAUGCCCGCUCCUACGGCUUCAAAAACAAAUUGAUCAUCGUGUCAGCAGAGAGCGCGGGGAACGGCCUUUACAAUUUCAUCGUACCUCUUCGGGCCUACUAUCGACCCAGAAAGGAGCUGAAUCCCAUCGUACUGCUUCUGGAGAGCAUACCCGAGGCUGACUUCCUGGAGGCGAUCUGUUGGUUCCCAAUGGUUUUCUACACAGUGGGCUCUAUGGACAAUUUAGACAGCCUAUUGCGGUGUGGAGUGACGUUUGCAGACACCAUGGUGGUGGUUGACAAGGAGAGCUCCAUGAUCGCCGAGGAAGACUACAUGGCUGACGCAAAGACCAUCGUCAACGUCCAAACCCUCUUCAGACUGUUCCCAGCGCUGAGUAUUAUCACUGAGCUCACACACCCGGCCAACAUGCGCUUCAUGCAAUUCAAAGUCAAAGACCACUAUUCUCAAGCGCUGUCCAAGCUGGAAAAGAAGGAAAGGGAGAGAGGAUCCAACCUGGUAUUUAUGUUCCGCCUGCCCUUUGCAGCAGGCAAAGUCUUCAGCGUUAGCAUGCUAGACACACUCCUCUACCAGUCCUUCGUCAAGGAUUACAUGAUCUCCAUCACCAGGUUGCUGCUGGGCCUCGACUCCAUGCCCGGUUCAGGGUUCCUCUGCGCUAUGAAAAUCACAGAGGAUGACUUGUGGAUACGGACGUACGGCAGGCUCUACCAGAAGCUGUGCUCCUCCACAGGGGACAUUCCUAUUGGCAUCUACAGAACAGAAGCUCACAAGCUUCCGGUUUCAGAGUCGCAGGUAUCCAUCACAGUGGAAGACUACGAGGACACCAGAGAACCCAGGGAGCCCCUGCUGUCCCGAAGUGGCGCUCAUCGCAACUCUACCUCCUCAGAGCCCUUCUCGACCUCGUCCCACUCCUCGGACCACCCGCUGCUCCGCAGGAAGAGCAUGCAGUGGGCGCGGCGCCUGAGCAGGAAGGGGGGCCGGAGCUCAGGCGGGGCCAAGGGCGGCGCUGGCAGCGCGGCCGAAAGGAUCAGCCAGCAGAGAUUGACACUCUUCCGGCGAUCGGAGAGGCAGGAACUCAAUGCCCUCGUGAGGACCAGGAUGAAGCAUUUGGGUCUUUCUCCCACUGGCUUCAAUGGCAUGACGGACCAAGGCAACAGACUGUCGUACAUCCUUAUCAACCCCUCUCCAGACACCAGACUGGAGCUCCACGAUGUUGUGUACCUCAUCAGACCAGACCCCCUCUCACUGGUACCCAAUCAAGGGAGCGGCAGGAAGUGCAGCGCCGGACUGGCAGAGAGCCACAAGUUCGACCCCCAAGACAGCACCCACCUGUGAGACAUGAAUGAACAAAAAUAACAAAA